AACUCCGUGUUUCCAUCGCACGGUCAAAAUACAAUCCUCUUCAAAUCAAACGGCUAACAAUGCUCCUUAUUCUCUCUCUCUCUCUCUCUCUCUCUCUCUCUCUCUCUCUUUUGCACACACUCAUUAAUGCAUAACAAUAUGAUCCAUAUAUUCAUAUACAAAUAACACAGACACGAACAUGACGUCGUCAACAUUCUCGUAAUUGUUUUAUCUCUUCCUCAAUAACCAUCCUUUGUGUAUCUUUGGCUCUGUUUUCAUCCUUUUUUGUAAUCCUUCUGCGGUUAUUGACAGAAUUUGAAACGUAGGUCUUAAGGUGAAGAACAACUUAGAACAAUGUCUUCAACAAAUUCGCCAUGUGCGGCGUGCAAGUUUUUACGACGAAAAUGCACACAAGAAUGCGUGUUUGCACCCUACUUCCCACCGGACCAGCCUCAGAAAUUUGCCAAUGUGCAUAAAGUAUUUGGUGCUAGUAAUGUGUCCAAAAUCCUUAACGAACUUAAUACUACUCAACGAGAAGACGCGGUUAAUUCAUUGGCGUAUGAGGCUGAUGCGAGGCUAUGUGAUCCUGUUUACGGAUGUGUUGGAUUGAUCUCGGUUCUUCAGCAUAGAUUAAAGCAAGUUCAGAAAGAUUUACACGAGGCGAAAAUAGAAUUGGCAAGUUACAUUGGACCUAAUGUGUUGCCUGUUUUGAAUCAAGGGUUUAUUCCCCAAAUUCAUAGUAUGCCAUCAUCGUCUGUACCGUACAACAUGCAGCCCGCUAUGGGCAUCGCGGCUCCUACGAAUGUGUAUCAACAACAACAAGAAAUGGUGACCUUUGUUAAUUCUAUAGAACAACAAGAAAUGUUGAGAAACUAUGAACAACAACAACAGCAACAACAACAAUCGGUUGAUAUUGUAAGGCAUGUGACUGGUAGCGGGUUUAAUCCUAUGACCACUCCGGCCACCAUGUCACCAUCGUCGUCGUCGUUAGGUAGUACUUAUGUCAAUGACAUGUGUCACAUCCCACAACAAGGGCAAGAUCAAAAAACCCAACUCCAAGAGCGUCAACAAUUUCUACUCCAACAAGAAACAACUCAGCAGUCAGCGGUUCUCUGCGCACCAAUUACUGUUGCACAGAGAACAACUGGCGAAGAAGAUAGGAAUGUUGCUCCUCAUGUUGAUCUUUAGGCACCCCUUUUUAUUAUUUGUUUUGCCCUUAGAGUUAAAUUUAGAUAAUUAUGCUACAUUUUUUUUUACAAUCAAGAAGCAUAUUUUAUAAUUUAAUUUUUUGGAUUUUGUAAUUUUAUGAGUAGGAAAAGCCAAAACGGGUCUUUAUUGCAAAGUAGUUAAAGGAAUUAUUGUCUGGUCAUGAUGCGUCACUAUCACUAAUCAUAACUUUAUCCUUACA